AUGUCUGCUCUCCUGCUGCUCUGUGCGCUCCUGCACCUCGGCAUCACCAGCAGCCCGGUGAGGGGACACCCCGCGUGCACAGAUUUGCAGCCACUGGACCUUCUCUCUGAAAUAACUGAAGACCGUGGGGGACGCCUGAUUGGAAUGGGGAUCGUCCAGGCGCAGGGAGCCCGAGGCUUGCGCCUCGGUAAGGAUCUGAAGGCAAUCAGCUUCUCAGCCUCUCACAUCUUUAAAGUUUGCAACCACUUCCCAGCCGAAUUCUCCAUAGUAAUCACGCUCAAAGUCAAUAGCAUUGCACCAAAGAGGAAUGAAUAUGUCUUCACUUUGCUCAAGGAGGGCACCAGCCACAUGCUGCUGGGACUGAGGUUCUCCGAAGACAAGCUCCACUUUGAGUUUUCCUCCGGCCUGAGGAAACAGGUCACAUUCCGGGGUGUCCGCUUGGCAGAUCGACGCUGGCAUACAGCGGUGCUGGCCAUAUCUGGGGAUUUUGCAUCACUGUCGGUGGACUGCUGUCAGCCCGUGGAAGUGUGAGAUUUUGGAUAUCCCUUCCCUGAAGCUCUAGACGUAGGAAGAUCAAGAUUCUACAUUGGGAACAGAAGGAGGCAGAAGGGAUUAUUUUCAGGCCUGCUGAGGCAGCUUGUGUUGCUGCCAGGAUCGGACGCUAUGAGGAAAAUGUGUCCCAGCCCCAAUCCCAGAUUAGCCACACUCUCUGUACCCACCAUUUUAUCAGAGCUGCCGGUCAAGCCAACAGAGAACGAUGUAUUGAAGUAUCCGUAUGAAGCUGAAGUCAAGGUGACCUUAGGAAGCCACCCACCCUGCACUCAAACUGAAGCCGGGCGUCUCUGGUUUGAUGUCUUCCGAAGAGGCCUGUUUAUCUGUGAUGGCAAGACCUGGGUGUCCAUGUUAAAAGCUAAAGAAAGACUGGACUAUGUGGAGGAAUAUCAGAAUCUGGUCACCUACUCAGAGACUCUCGACGUUGAGAUCUUUGAGAUCCCAGACAUCGGCCUGUUUGCUGCCACAGCCAAUAAGAAGCCUCAGCCUGGGUCCACCAUUUUUAAAUGGUUGGAAGGGAGGUUUGAGCCAUACCAGAAUAUCACAACGUACGAAGCUCAGGCCUGGAAGCAUUUCCGUAUUGGCACUGAGGUCUUCUUGGCAGUGGCUAACUUUGAGAAGAAUGACCGCAACCAGGAGUAUUCUGUCAUCUACAGAUGGAGCAAAAGGAAGCUGCAAUUUGUUUUGCACCAGAGGUUGAAGACCCACAGUGCGAGGGACUGGGAGGCCUUCCACAUCAACGGGGAGACCUUCUUAGCUGUUGCCAAUCAUCGUGAAGGAGACGACCACAACAUUGACAGUAUCAUUUACAAGUGGAACCCAGACACACGUCGCUUUCAAACAAACCAGACCAUCGCUACCUCCGGAGCCUAUGACUGGGAAUUCUUCACCAUCGGACCAUAUGCUUUUCUAGUUGUUGCAAACACAUUCAAUGGCACAUCGACCAGGAUAUAUUCACGGAUUUAUAUCCAACUGGGUGGAAUGUUCCGACUUUUCCAGUCAAUCCCGACAUAUGGUGCUACAGACUGGGAAGUAUUCCAGGUUCAAGAGAGAGUGUUCCUUGCAGUUGCAAACAGCCAGAGCUAUGAGACUGGUGCCCCAGCUGAAAUCAAUCCUUUCAACAUAAACUCUACAAUCUACGAACUCAAUAUCACUGCACAGAUGUUUGUUAAGUUUCAGGAUAUUCCUACAUAUAGUGCAGUUGACUGGGAAUUCUUUACUGUGGGUGAUGACAGCUUCUUGGUUGUGGCAAACUCUUUUGAUGGCUCAAAGUUUUUUUUAAACAGUGUUAUUUACAGGUGGCAGGGUUAUGAGAGCUUUGUCCCUGUCCACCAGCUACCGACCUACGGCUGCACAGACUGGGAGCAGUUCAACACCGCAGAAGGCUCAUACCUCAUUUACUCCAGCGCGAAGGAACACAUUUCUAAGGUGCUCAGACUGAAAACCUACUGA